GGAAGCGCCGGCGAAGGCUCUGCAUCCCGCUGUCUGCUGUCCGCCCGUCGCCCUCUGCCGCCCUCGCCCGCGACACGGGACCCGCGGGUAGGGUCCUGGGCCUUCUGCCGCUGACCCUGAGCCGGGGCGAGGAUCUCCGCGUGAAGAGGGUCAGAUACGCCCGAGAAUCUGCGGGUGUCCUGGUCCUUGAGGGUCUCCAGGGAGAAUAUGUCCCAAGGUGUUCUGCGGAAGGCCCGGUAGCGCCGUGUGCCAUGGUGCCAGUCUGGGCCCUCACGGUGGCUCUGGCUGCAGGCCUGGCCACUGCCAGCCCUCCCAACGUGUUGCUGAUCUUCGCUGAUGACCUGGGCUAUGGGGACUUGAGCUCCUAUGGGCACCCCAGUUCCACCACCCCCAACCUGGACCAGCUGGCUGCUGGGGGCCUGCGGUUCACCGACUUCUAUGUGCCCGUGUCUCUGUGCACGCCUUCUCGGGCCGCCCUCCUGACCGGCCGGCUCCCGGUCCGCAUGGGCCUGUACCCUGGAGUUCUGGAGCCCAGUUCCAGAGGGGGCCUGCCCCUGGAGGAGGUGACCCUGGCUGAGGUCCUGGCUGCCAGAGGCUAUCUCACAGGGAUAGCUGGCAAGUGGCAUCUUGGGGUGGGGCCUGAGGGGGCCUUUCUGCCCCUGCACCAGGGCUUCCAUCGAUUCCUGGGCAUCCCAUACUCCCAUGACCAGGGCCCUUGCCAGAACCUGACUUGCUUCCCGCCGGCCACCGCCUGUGACGGCAGCUGUGACCAAGGCCUGGUCCCCAUCCCACUGCUGGCCAACCUGUCUGUGGAGGCGCAGCCUCCCUGGCUGCCUGGGCUGGAGGCCCGCUACCUGGCCUUCGCUCGAGACCUCAUGGCUGAUGCCCAGCGUCAGGGCCGCCCAUUCUUCUUGUACUAUGCCUCCCAUCACACCCACUACCCUCAGUUCAGUGGGCAGAGCUUUGCAGGGCGCUCAGGCCGUGGACCAUUUGGGGACUCCCUGAUGGAGCUGGAUGCGGCUGUGGGGGCCCUGAUGGAGGCUGUGGGGGACCUGGGGCUGCUCCGAGAGACGCUGGUCAUCUUCACCGCAGACAACGGACCCGAGACCAUGCGGAUGUCCCAUGGCGGCUGCGCAGGCCUUCUGCGGUGUGGGAAAGGCACCACCUUUGAGGGCGGCGUCCGGGAGCCUGCCCUGGCCUUCUGGCCAGGCCACAUCUCUCCUGGCGUGACCCAUGAGCUGGCCAGCUCCCUGGACCUCCUGCCCACACUGGCAUCCCUGACCGGGGCCCCACUGCCCAAUGUCACCUUGGAUGGUGUUGACUUCAGCCCCCUGCUUCUGGGCACAGGCAAGAGCCCCCGGCAGUCUCUGUUUUUCUACUCGGCCUACCCUGAUGAGGUCCAUGGGGUCUUUGCUGUGCGUAGUGGGAAGUACAAGGCUCACUUCUUCACCCAGGGUUCUGCCCACAGUGACACCACUGCGGACCCCGCCUGCCACGCUUCUAGCCCUCUGACUGCCCAUGAGCCCCCGCUGCUCUUUGACCUGUCUGAGGACCCCGGUGAGAACUACAACCUUCUGGGGAGUGUGGCUAAGAUUGCCCCAGAAGCACUGCAGGCGCUGAAGCAGCUUCAGCUGCUCAAGGCUCAGUUUGAUGCUUCUGUGACCUUCAGCCCCAGCCAGAUGGCCCGGGGCAAGGACCCUGCCCUGCAGGUCUGCUGUCAGCCCAGCUGCACCCCUUGGCCAUCCUGCUGUUACUGCCCAGAGCCUCAGGCCUGAGGGCUCUCAGCCCUGCCCAGGCAUGGACAGGUGAGGUGAUUUGAACCUGAUAAUGCUGAUAACACCAAUGUACACUUGUAGGUGUGAUGAUUCAUCUAAUCCUGUGAUACUCCUAAGGUAGGUGCUGUUCUGCCUAUGUUACAAAUGAGGAACCUGAGGCGUGGGGCAGUCGCUGCCACCCAGCCAGUAGGAUAUUGGGCUGGGAUUUGAACCCAGGCGUCCUGGGUCUGGAAGCUGCCAACCACCUUGGGAUUGUGUGUGUCAGAGUACGCGACUGUGGGUCAUGAAAACAAGCCUGCCUAGACUCAGAGACCCCAAGAAGGAACUAGUGUUUCUUCUUCCUUCCUAAUUACAACCCUUUAGUAGAAUUCGUGCCUCAUAUCGAGAAUUACCGAGUAUCAUAAUUCUUCCAAGUGGUAAAGAUACCUCGAGACAAGUGCUGGGCAUAGAAGCCACAGG